AUGCUAUGCACUUUAUGUGGGCUUCAAACAUCGACGCAAGAUACCAGCUCCGCGAAAGCAAAGGCAGCGGUGGCGGAUCGCCGUCGUGAGCAGAAUCGUCGGGCACAGAAGCGGUUCAGACAAAAAAUUCGUGAACGAAAAGCCACCCCAGAUCAAGAUCAAUCGCAUCCGCAAACCGGCGGCUCGGAUGCCUUGGACGGCAUUAGCCCAAUAGCCUCCAACGCAUUGGCACCACUCACACCACCCAAUACAACGUGUAUUGGUCACAGGCAGUCCCCCAUAGGCCACUACGAGGAGAGUCAAGCCGAGAAUAUGAUGGAGUACGAUUUCCUCUUGGACCCCAACGACCAAUGCGGGAUGAAUAAAGGCGCGGACGACUUCUGGACAGCGACGCUGAAAGAGACAGCCCCGUUUUCUGCUGCUAUUACCCUUGUUCCACCUUUGGAGCUGAAGGAUAACAGAGGAUAUUACACAACCAGAAACUCGGAUAAUCCUGUCGUUGACAACGAAAGUGGCAGAAUAUCAGCAGGGCCGACCGUGCUUCAUCAAGCAGUCCAGACCGGAAAUAGCAAAGUUGUAUCCCUUCUACUCCAACAUAACGCAGAUUGCAACUCGAAGGACAAUUCGGGGCUGACACCUCUGUUGUGUGCGGUAAUCGGAGGCUAUGAAGAGAUAUUAGAGCUAUUGCUAUCACAUGGGGCCGGGAUAGGGCAUGUUGACAAUGCUCAUUGGUCGGCCCUUCAUUGGGCUGUGUUCCAUAAUCGUCACAGGAUACUGGAGCGACUUCUGAAUCGCUGCAGCGGAGACACUUCGUUGCUCAACAUACGAAACAAGGAUGGGCAAACACCGCUAUCAGUCGCUGUUGGCGCGGGAAGUGAGGUGGCUGUGAAACUGCUACUAGAAUUUGGGGCCACGGUUAACGUAGAGUGA